CAAUAAGAAGGAGGCGAUUGUUGGGCAGGAGGGAAACAUAAAGUGGGGAGUCAGAGGAAAGCGAAGUGAAGCAAAGGAACUCAGAUUGCAUUCAGGUCAAGAUCUCAAUCUAAAGCAACAGCUCAUCGCCUGCCAUGAGGAAUCAGCCCCUCCCCUUCGUGAUCGUAUGUCUGCUUUCAAUCAGGGGUCACUGUCCACUGCCCUUUACACCUGCAGGGACAGGGAUACCUCCUUAUGAUCCCGACCUUGCCACGUUUGACUACGAUUAUGAUACAUCCACCUCCUCUGACCUGAUCAAAGUGCCUACUAAUACUGGAAUUCCUAAAAGGUGCGACUACAACCCCUGCCGUGAGAAACAACCCCGCUGUGAGGAACUGGCUGCCUCCUCUGGCUGUCUCUGCCAGGGCUCCACCUUGCCUGACCAGCGUCCAGAUCCUCCCAAGCUACAAUCUGUAUCCUGGAACGGUUCAGAAGUUGUAGUUCAGUGGUGUGCACCAAAUUCCUUUAUCACAGCUUAUUUUGUGACCGUUGGAGGAGAGAAGAAGAUGUUUGAGGAGGACCACAGGAGCGCGGUGUUGGGCCAGAUAGACCACAAAGCGGAGGUCUGUGUGGUCGCUGCAAACGAAGCUGGGGAAAGCAAUAAGUCCUGUAUGGAGUACCAGCCGAGCAGCAGCAGCCUCCCUCUGACAGCGGGCCUCAUCGGGGGGGCUCUGGGACUCCUGCUGCUGAUUCUGCUGGUUGUUCUGCUGUGUAGGCGCAGGAGGCAAAAGAGAAAAGAGGCCAUGCAUGUCCAUACAUGAAUAGUCAGGGAUCAAACAAACAAACUGAAAGAUUGGACACUCAGAGGAAUAAAGACUCAUGAAAUGCUUCAUUGCUGCUGAAGUUCAUUAACUGUAGGGAGAUUGAGUAUCUGAAAAAAGGAGGAAACAGGGUUCAUUGACUCCUUAUCAUAUCUAGCUGGUCAUAUUCAUCUACCCAUUGGUUGUGCAGCUUGAAAAACACUUUGUUUAAGGAAGCGCUUUAUUACGAAUAGAAAUAAAAAGCAGGAAGAUUUUACUGUAGUGAUGCUAGGCCCAUUUUUCUUCUAUAAACAUCUUUAAUGAAUGAGGAAUGAAUACCUUACCUUACCUCUGGGGGAUCUUUGUCAUAUAUCAAAAAGACCUCUGGAGAAAUCUGUGUAUGAUUACUAAAGACUAAGCUGAGAAAUACCCACACAAAGAAAGACAAACUACUGAUUAAACAGAUGGUUCAACUGGAGCCCAAAAUUUGGGGGUUUACAUCCUAACAAGACUUAGACAGAUUUAUUUUGUCAUUUUGUAUACAAGACUGUAAAGAAAACGGAAUUUCGUUUAAAACAGCUCUCAAUGAGUCUGAUCUCUACUUAAAUCUGUGACAGGACAGAGAAAAGGAAAUGAACAGUUUUGAUCUGGUGGUUUUCUGUAGCAAAGUGCCAAAACAGAACUGAAACGACUGCCUUCCUGAAAAUCUGCUCCUUGGAUAAAAGGUUGUUGUUUAUUGAGCUGAUUUACUUUAUUUAACCAGGAAGUCCCUCACUGUUGACAGAGAUACAGUAUCUCCUCAGCCAAGCUGUAUGAGAGUGAUAUCUUUCAUACACAUAUAAAAACACUGAAAGGAAUAAAGAUCGAAACUUAUUUAAAAACAGUUUGUUCAAGUCGGUUUAAAAUGCUGUGGUAAUAAAGAGUGGUUAUAAAUCCAGUUUAUGCAAGAGUUUUGGCCUAAUUCUGUAGUACAAGUUUAAAAAAAAGUGUUACAUACACUGGAUAAUAUUUGAACAGAUGCAAAAUAAAGCUUUGUCCUAUGAAUACACCUGAUAGGCGUAAGAUAAACUAAUUUUUACAGAAAGGUAUGGCAGAAGGGUGGAUGAUCAGAGAUGUAUUUUAAGUUUCAAUGAUUCUUAUCUAAUAUGGAUUUUAUACGUUUUUUUGUGUGAAAAUAUUUGGUAGGAAAGAAAUAUUUAUUUCUUGAACUCUCUUGAGUUUUCUUGUGUAUUUUAUGUAUAUAAUUUGUAUGGGAAUAGAUUGUGGCUUCGAGGAUAGGAAAAUGGGAAGAAGAAAACUACUCUGAUUUUAUUUUAUGAGUGUCAUUUCUACACCUUAUUUAAUCUUGUGAUUCUUGACUAGUUGCUUGGUAUGUUUAGAAAAGUCUGUCCUUUAAACUGAAAUAAAGAGCUGACUCUUGUUGGCCAAAUGUGUUCUUUCCUAACUGCAGUAAGAUGGGUGUGUUUUUUUCCAUCUGUUUUGCUGCUGGAUGUGGUGUCAUCUCUGGUCUGGAGCAGCUCCAGAAUCCACUGCUUUUUUCCAGCUGUCAUACAUUUUUUUUCCUCUGGAGCAUUAUGGAUUUUUUUUGCAAGGGUCUUCAGUAAGAAGCUGAAGGCGUUUCCUGGCACAGUAAAAAGAAGUAGAAGAGGUCUGUUGUUUAAAACCUUACAAAUGAUCUCGCCCUAGAGCCUUCAUUAUAUGCAUGUCUCCAGCUCAUGGUUUAACUCAACAUUCUUAUUUUUUUUUUAUUACAUCCCUCAUGGUCCCAAACGUCUGUUCUGGAAAUCAUUUACAUGUUUGCAUUUUGGGGUCAAAGUCUCCAAGGUGGCUGAACCUUUUCAGUUCAAGGCGGUUGCAUAUUAAAGCCCAGAACCAGCAGAGGACAGGAUGACUCACUACUGAGGUGCAUUUAUACCACAACCGCUGCUAUGAUGAAUAAAGCCUGAGCCAGCAUGCACUGUUUGAACCAAAAAGAAAAUUCAACUACAAUAGCCACUAUUAAACCACUUAAAGCAGCACUAAAAUGGUUUCAAACAAAUACUGUAAAACUAAAAGGUGCAAAAAAGCAAAACAACAGAAAAUAUGCACCGUAACAUUAUAACAGUACCCCGUAGGCCCGGAUUAUACAGUUAAUCAGCAAAAGUUGAUUUUCUUUCUUUCAAAUACACUUAAUUUGUGAACUAAACAUUAAGAAGUGACAAAAAAAAAGCAUCAAACAACUGGACCUAAUAAUUUGAUUAUAAUAACCUAGAAGUGUAGCCUCAGAAAUAUAGUUAUGUUGUUGAUUAAGGUUUCUUCAAAAGACAGAUAGUAAGAGCCAUUUUUUUUUUUUUUUCAAAAUCUCAAAACAACUGGAACUGGAAACAAGGCAUCUCAAAAUGACUUUUACAGUGUUCUGUUUACUUGUUUCAGUAAAAAGGAGCUGACUCAUGUUUAGGGUUUUUUAAAACUCUGACGAUUACUGACUCACUCAAACAGAACCAUAAACCCUGUUUCAAGUGGUCUAGGUUUAGUUUAAACCUUCAGGGCUUUACGUGGACCGACUACUUCAUGUACUUUUGAUUUGAUUUAAAUAUGUACGUUUUCCUGUAGUCAUAGGUCACUGAAUCAAGGCGUUUUAGUUUCACAGACUGUGGAAUGCAGUGCUUAUCCUCCCCUGGAGGUUGCACUCUCUGGAUGGGUUUAAAAAGCAGAUAAAGACAUUUUAUCCCCAAAAAAACUUUGAGAUGAUAUGAGCUUUUAUAAUGGGCAUUUAUUAUCCUGUCAUGCUUUUUUUUUGUUGUGCAUCUGUGUAUUUUAUUGUGUUCAACCUUCUUACGAGGCUCCUUGUGACAUCAUUCU